CUCCUCUGCUGCCACUGAGCUCGAGUCUUGCUCAUCGCUGUCGCCCGCCCUACCGCUGUUUGUUUAUUGAUUUAAUACGUACUUCCGGUGAUCAACGGCGCAUUGCGCUCACACCCACGACAACAUGAACGACGAGGCUAUCGCAGGCCAUUACCAGGUCCUCGAGGAGCUCGGUCGUGGCAGCUUUGGAGUAGUCUACAAGGGAAUUGAGAAGGCCACGGGUGAGGUGGUUGCCAUUAAGCAUAUCGAUCUCGAGUCGACGGACGACGAUAUUCAGGACAUCCAAGCCGAGAUCUCCGUCUUGAGUACGUGUGCUUCUUCGCAUGUGACACAAUACAAGGCCAGCUUCUUGCGAGGCAGUAAGCUAUGGAUCGUUAUGGAAUUCCUGGGUGGUGGCUCUUGCUUGGACUUGCUCAAACCCGAGCCCUCUAGCUUCAGCGAAACACACAUAGCCAUCAUCUGCCGCGAGCUUCUUGCCGGUCUGGAAUAUCUCCAUGCAGAGGGAAAGAUACAUCGUGACAUCAAAGCCGCAAACGUUCUCCUCUCCGAGGCGGGCAAAGUCAAGCUGGCCGACUUCGGUGUGGCAGCACAACUGACCAAUAUUAAAUCCCAACGGAACACGUUCGUCGGCACGCCCUUUUGGAUGGCACCCGAGGUCAUCCAGCAAGCCGGGUACGACUUCAAGGCCGACAUCUGGUCCCUCGGCAUAACAGCUCUUGAGAUGGCUUACGGAGAACCGCCCCACGCCAACUUGCACCCUAUGAAGGCCCUUUUCCAGAUCCCCAAGAACCCACCUCCAAGACUUGAGGGCAACUACUCCAAGGAUUUCAAGGACUUUGUGUCAAAGUGCUUGGUCAAGGACCCCGACUUCCGUCCCUCGGCAAAAGACAUGUUGAAGCAUCGAUUCAUUCGGUAUGCCGGCAAGGUCGAAGCAUUGCAGGAGUUGAUCGAGCGUCGUCGGGCAUAUGACGCCAGCAAAGCCAACAAGAGAAACCAUCGAGCCAUGUAUCAGGAGACGUUGCGUGAUAUCUCCUCCAAGGAAGACCAGGACGAAUGGGUCUUUGACACUGUCAGGUCAGUUGCGCCUAGGAAAACGACAGCCAAGUCACGAAAGCCAUCAUCCAUUUUCUCUACCGAAGAAGCACUGCGCAGACUGGAUAUCAAGGAUGCACCUUUGCAGCCUUCCUCCCCAGCUCAAACACCCGGAACAGUCAGAAAGGCCACUGCUCGCAGACAGCCCUCGUUAGCACAGAACGCUGGCAUCGGCUCCAUACGAGCCCCGCCCGGACCAGCACUCAGGAAGCCACUGCAACCAGACAUGUCGUUUGGCAACUCCGGCUCAUCACAGCGUCUGUUCCGCAGAGUGCCUUCUGAUAGCUCCACAUCAGGGCAUAUCUCCUGGCCGGACUCAGAUGACGUCUUCUCAGACGAAAACAGAAUCCCCAAAACAGCUGACGCCAACAGCAAGGAAGCUACCCUUGGUCGCCGUCUCUACACAAAGGCUGUGGAGCCGAGUUUGGCCGAGCUACACGCACAGACAUCGUCAAUGGCAAAAAGAGAUGCCUUGGCCAAAUUUUCAGAUGCUUUCGCUGGGCUGAACGCCGUCGAUCCCGAGGGUGCCUAUCAUAUGAUGCAGAGCCUUUUGGCAUCCAUGUCUCAAGACACAAAGCUCUCCAAUGCCUUCCUCUCCAAGAUGGCGCCAAUGAAAGGGACUAUGGAUAGCGACAUGCUAUCCGGUACUGUUAUCAUCAGGAACACACCAACUACCGACCGCACCGACCGCAGCCAGCAAAGUCAGAUGCAACAAAGCCCGACAAAAUUAAUCCUCGCAGCCAGCAAUCCACACCUCAAGUCCCACCGGCGGCGCCAGGGAAGUGUAGUAACCGGUAUUGACGGUAGUCUUGAGAAGGCUGUUGACAGAGAGAAGGCAGCGGUAGAGGCAAAGUACCCGGGGCGCGAAGCACAACCAGGUAUGGAGCAUUGUCGGCAACUGUCGGAUGUACUUUACAGUCGUUGGGUGGAUGGCUUGCGACUAAGGUGGCCCAACAUGUGAUUGGGUAGGGGUAGAAAACCUUCCUCUCAGAUCCAAUGAGCACUACUGG